AUGCAGACAGCGAUGCAUAACGAAGAAGAAGAAGUAGAGUACAAUGAGAUUUUAGAUGUAAACGAGUUAGUCGUAAGCGAAGAAAUUUAUGUAGAUGAGGAAAGCGAGUACGAGUACCCAGAUGACGAAGCAUACUUCAAUAAGAUGGUGAACGAAGUAAAAGAGAUUGUGUACUUCGAAACAGGCACCAAGAAAUGGAGAAAAAGGAAGCUAGAUGCAGACGAAUAUUGGAUGACAUCCAGGAAAUGGAAGAGAUCCUACAAGUAUUUCCAUUUAGGAAAUCAGGAGAGACAUCAACAGGUGUCGCAGUGGAAGUUCGAUGUGCUCUCUGUAAAGCAGAAGGUAUACACUUCUCCGAUUCCUGUCCUAUAG